AUGCAAACGGCGGCGAGCGAGGCACGGGAGCCUCUCGUUGAAGCAUCGCGGCGGCAUCCAUCGCGCCUUUCUCCUGCGGCCCAGACCCACCAAGCACGAGAAGCGCGAGGAGCCAGCGGAAAACGAGACGAAAGGCCGAGUUCCUGUUCUGUCUUCUUCCGGUCGGAAGAGUUGACUGGACUGCUUCUCUGGGCGAAUCGAGAGACUCAACUGAACAGUCCGAAGGAGACGAGAGACGCAGGCUGCACACGCCUCGAGCCGCGCGUGUCCUCUUCAGCGGCUUCCGUAGGUGUUCACGUUUCGUCCGUCUCCGCACGGGGCUGGUCCCCUUGCAAAAAGGCGCUCGCGGACGGAGCGCCACAGCAUGUGAAGGCGAAAGAGCAUCUCGGGAGGAAGAGAUUUGUCGUCCCCGCCUCUCACAUCACCGGAGAGAGGGAAGGCGCGGAAGUGGAGGGAGACAGCGAGAGCAACGCACUGGUUUCUUGCGAGGAGAGAGACGAGGAAGAGAGGACAACCUCUGUCUCUUGCAGUGUCUGUACGCCUCACCGAGCGUUAGGCGGCGCACCAGACCCUUCCGCUUCAUCGUCGUCCUCUCACUCGUGUUCUUCGGAGUCUUCGAACGCCCUACCCCCUGCCGCGUCUCUGAUCCCGCAAACAAAUUUGCUCCUUCUCGUUGCCUACGAUGGCACCGACUUCUCCGGGUGGGCGGCGAAUCUUUCUCCUCAAGACCGCACGCUUGUCGCAUCUCUCGCCUUUGCAGCAGUGCAUCCCCUCAGCCGUCAGAGCCAGCGAGACAUUCUUUCUUUUCUUCGGAGCGGGAAACACUCUCACCCUUCCCCGUCCGCACAAGAAGCAGCCGCAACUGGAAAUCGCCAGGCCCCUGGCUCUGACACCAGGGAUGACCAAGACGCAAGGGGAGAAGAGGCGGAAGAGGCGAGACUGCAGCGGGACACAGAGACGAAGUCGACGACGGACGAAAAUGACGCUCCGCAACGCGGCGUUGGAGCUGCCGAAGGGGCGCGCAGGUCGAGACAAACUUGCAACGAAGAGCAAAACCACAAACCGCACGUCGUCGCUCAACUGAAGGCGGGAACCAGUCAAGUGGGAGCGCGCGGACGCCCGCACAAAACCUCCAAGAGCCUGCCGGAUAAUGACGCGUUUUUUGAAGCAUUUGUUGAACGGCGGCGCCGCGAAUGGGACGUGUUGCUCAGCGAGGUGAAGCGCGCAGAGAACCAGGCGCGUGCGUCGUUCCAGAAAGAGAGCCAGGCUCACGCUGCUGAAGACGCGCUGCCGAAGGCCGCGAAGUGCGCGAGUCGAGCGGACGCUCCAGAGGCCGACAACGGACGUGUAGACUCAGCGAUUACCGUGCAAGGAGAGCCAGAGGAAACGCGAGGGAAAGAUGGAGCGGAAACAGUCGAAGGCGAGGGAGGGUGCCGACAUGUCUCAGGCGAAGAUCAACUGCACACGAAGGAUGAAGCCGCGCGAAUUGCAAGCCGGAUGCCCCUUGUAGCUCCGCCGGUCGUUCUUCGGCCCGCGAGUCGGACCGAUCGCGGCGUGCAUGCAGCAGGCGCGAUCUGCCAGUACGUCUCCUACUAUCACCCACUCCACAUCCCGCUUGAGAGCUUUGUCGCCGGCGUGAACCGCCGACUCCCCUCAGAUGUGCGCAUUCUCGCUGGCCUCGACCUGAACCUUCUCGCGCAGCAAGGCGUCUUUCAAGCAUUCGCCAAGUCUCCCUCGCCUACGCGUCACGACCCCGAAGCGGAAACCGCAUUUCCACGGAUUGCCGAGGGGCGAGAAUCGGGUGAUGAGAAGGGACGAGGCGUAAACUCUACUGCGACAGUGGGGUGCCCAGAAGACGGCGAGGGCAACCAGGGAACGCAAACAGCGACUGACAGAGACUCCGCGGCGCCGGCUGCCACGGCUCGACCUUCUUCGCCCUUGCGUCCACCUGCUUGCCACGGUUUGCCUCCGCCGUUUGCGUCGCCUGAAGCGGCAGCUCUAUGCGCAGGUGUUCCGACGGUCUACCAGCUAGCGCGGGGGAAGCAUUACACCUACUUUCUCUCGCUAGCGCCGGUCAUCUUUCCGCCCCUCCGGAACGGCUGUUGGGUUCUCGCCGAGGAUCCGCGUCUCCGGAACUGGGCCCUCCAGAUGCAAAACGUCGCGAAGGAGCGAGAGCAAGGCCGUGGAGAUUUGCUGGACCGACAAGGCGGCGAAACCUCCAGCACCAGAGGAGACGCCGCACGACGUGGAGACACGGAGAACGCUGCCGAGGGCGGACACGGUCGCGCGUGGGAACCCAUCGAGCACGCGGUGACAGCUGGAGCGAGGGCCACCUUCCGGAGAGAUAGCGGCAACAGCCGCGCACGUAUUUCAGGGUUACGUCGGACGGGCACGGGAGAAACGGAUGCGCAAGGAGUCCCCGCAGUCACUGGGAUCACUCCGCUACGGAGUGGAAACGGCACCGACAAAGCCAACAGCCCGGAACUGUUCUCUCUUGAGCAGCGGAAAACCAAUCUGUUUAAGGUGCUCGCCUUCGACUUGGAACAAAUGAAGCAGGCUGCGAAAGCCAUGGAAGGUCUUCAUUCGUUUGCGGCUUUCCGUUGCGAGUACAGCGGGAAGGAGAAAGCGCGGCAUCUGAUGCAAGACAAUCCUUUUUGUGUCAUCGAUUCCAUCCGGAUCUCUCCUCUCCAGUUCGAUCCUUGGCCGCAGCCAUCGUGCGGCGUUUCGUCUGCUCGCUUCUCUGAGGUUCCAGUCCCAAAGGGAUCUCCUGGCGACAGGGGGGAGGCGCAUGCCUCGCAGGAUCCUCGAGACACGCAGAGAGAGGACAGCGAGGGAGGCGCAACAGAAACAAGUCAUGAUGCGAACGAGCGACUUUGUCACUUCGCCGGCGCUUCUGUCCUGUCGCAAGGCUCCGCUGUCUUUGCAUCGCCUUCCUUCACCGAUGGUCAUGACCUGCCACAAGGACUCCGCAUAGACGUCGUUGGUAAUCGCUUCCUCUACAAAAUGGUUCGCAAGAUGGUAGGCGCCCUCGUCCAGGUGGCCCUAGGCCGGCUGUCGACGGAAGACAUCCGACGUGCGCUUGAGCUCGGGAGGCUGCUGCCACGCAGGCACGACGAGGUGAACGCGAACGACGUGUAUUCCAAGUCUUCAGCAGCCGCCAAAGACGCCCGCGGAGCGGGUCGUCGAACCCUGACGGUAGAUUCUCGGCUGUCCUCCCGAAGGAAAGGCAAACGGGGAAAUGACGAAGAGAGUAGAACGCCCAGUUUGUCGUCUUUGCGAUCCGCGAACCCGGACAUCGCGACCUUUCGUGAUUCCGGAAUUCUUUGCGCCCCACCCCAGGGUCUUACCUUGCAGAAAGUGUUCCUUCCUGAUUUUAUAGAGAACCGUCUGUACAUCUCUGGUAGUCGCUCGUCGGAGGAAUAG